CUCUUUCUAGCCGGCGCCUGAGAAUGGGUAUCUCGAGGGACAACUGGCAUAAACGCCGCAAGACCGGCGGCAAACGCAAGCCCUACCACAAGAAGAGGAAGUAUGAGCUCGGUCGCCCUGCCGCCAACACCAAGAUCGGACCUCGUCGCAUCCACACAGUGAGAACGCGCGGUGGCAACAAGAAGUACCGUGCUCUGAGGGUGGACGUUGGCAACUUCUCAUGGGGCUCAGAGUGCUGCACUCGCAAGACCAGGAUCAUCGAUGUAGUGUACAACGCCUCCAACAACGAGCUGGUCAGAACCAAGACCCUGGUGAAGAACUGCAUCGUGCUUAUUGACAGCUUGCCCUUCAGGCAGUGGUAUGAGGCCCACUUCGCCACUCCUCUGGGACGGAAGAAGGGCGCCAAGCUGACUCCUGAUGAGGAGGACGUGAUUAACAAGAAGAGGUCGAAGAAGAUCCAGAAGAAGUUCGAGGAGCGCAAGAAAAAUUGCAAGAUCUCCACUCUCCUAGAGGAGCAGUUCAUGCAGGGGAAACUCCUUGCCUGUGUCGCCUCCAGGCCGGGUCAGUGUGGCCGUGUGGACGGCUACGUUUUGGAGGGGAAGGAGCUGGAGUUCUACCUGAGGAAGAUCAAGGCCAAGAAAGGCAAAUAGAUGUUCAGCAGCUGUUUGGUUCCACGUCAAUAAAAACUAGUCGUCCC